AUGUCAACUGGAGACAGUUUUGAGAGUCGGAUGGGGGAAAUUGACAACCUGCAGUGGGACCCGAAGUCGGAAGCGAAUUUGGAAUUAUUGUUGGAUGGAUUGAAUGCGUUGGUAUAUGAACUGGAUUUUCCAGCACUAAGGAAAAAUAAAAAUAUUGACAACUUUUUAUUCAAAUAUAAGGAUGCAAUAACUAAAAUGAGAGAUUCACACAUGAAAGCUGAAGAUUACGAAGCACUGAAAGUGAUUGGUAGAGGAGCAUUUGGGGAAGUCCAAUUAGUAAGACAUAAAUCCACCAGGAAGGUGUAUGCAAUGAAGACGCUGAACAAAUCCAAAAUGAUUAAGAAGUCAGAUUCUGUCUUCUAUUGGGAAGAAAGAGACAUUAUGGCCUUUGCUAACAACCCCUGGGUGGUUCCUUUAUAUCAUGCCUUCCAAAAUGACAGCUAUCUCUUUAUGAUAAUGGAAUAUAUGCCUGGUGGAGAUCUGCUUCAUUUGAUGAGUCACUGUGAUGUGCCUGAAAAGUGGGCCCGCUUCUAUGCUGCAGAAGUAGUUCUUGCUUUGGAUGCAAUCCAUUCUAUGGGCUUUAUUCAUAGAGAUGUGAAGCCUGACAACAUGCUGCUGGAUAAAUCUGGUCACCUGAAGCUAGCUGAUUUCGGUUGUUGUAUAAAGAUGAAUAAGUACGGUGUUGUACAAUGUAAUACGACACUUGGAACACCUGAUUAUAUUUCUCCAGAAGUAUUACAGUCUCAAUGUGGUGAUGGUUAUUAUGGGCAAGAAUGUGACUGGUGGUCAGUUGGCAUAUUUUUAUAUGAAAUGCUUGUAGGUGAUACGCCUUUUUAUGCAGAUUCACUGGCCAUAACCUACAAUAAGAUCAUGAACCAUAGUGAUGCUCUUACCUUCCCUGAAGAUAACAGUUUGUCAGAAGAGGCAAAACAUCUUAUUCGUGCCUUCAUUACUGACAGGAAAGUGAGAUUAGGGCGAAAUGGUGUAGAAGAAAUAAAAGGACAUCUCUUCUUCAAAAAUGAUGAGUGGGCUUGGGAAACUCUUCGAGAUACUGUUGCACCUAUCAUACCUGAUCUCAGUAGUGACAUCGAUACUAGUCAUUUUGAUGACAUAGAAAAAAGCAAGAAAAAAGUUGAACUAGUCACUCUUCCAAGAGAUUUUGUUGGCAAUCAACUGCCUUUUGUAGGAUUUUCAUAUCAUAGCGAUCCUAGAUAUUUAUCUGCAUCUUCGGCAAAUCCUAAUGAUGAUAAUAGAACUGCCACCAAUGUGGAUAAAACUUUGCAGGAAACUUUACAAAACACAAUCGAUAAGCUGGAAGAACAACUGAGUAAUGAAAUACAGUUAAAAGAGGAAAUUGAACAAAAAUGCAAUACUUCAAACAUAAAGCUAGACCAAAUAAUGAAAGAACUGGAUGAAGAGGGAAAUCGAAGAAAAAAAUUAAAAUCUGCAUUGUCUCGGAUUGAGAAAGAGAAAAUGUUGCUGCAGCACAGAAUUAAUGAGUUCCAAAGAAAAAUGGAACGGGAAAAUAAGAAGAGACGAACUGCUGAAAAUGAGGUUUCUAUGUUGAAAGAUAAAUUGGACGACUUAAAGAAAAUAAGUCAAAAUUCUCAAAUGGCACAGUUACAGAAACAACUAGAAGCUGCCCAUGUCUUACUGAGGACAGAAUUGGACACAGAAAUAAGAUUAAAGAAAAGCAAUGUGGAAUUGAAGAAAUCAGUAAGUAAGUUAGAGUCCCUGAACAGAGAAUUGCAGGAGCGGAACAGAAUUUUAGAGAGAACCAAAUCACAAGUAAACCAGGAUUAUUAUUACCAGGCUGCAUUAGAAGCUGAACAAAGAGACCCAAGUCAUGGAUCCGAGAUGACUGGAGAUCUCCAAAGUCGAAUUACUUCUUUGCAGGAAGAAGUGAAAUACCUCAAACAAAACCUUGAAAGAGUGGAGGGGGAAAGAAAAGAAGCUCAAGAUAAGCUUAAUUGUUCAGAAAAGGAAAAAAAUAAUUUGGGAAUAGAUUUAAACUACAAGCUAAAAUCAUUACAACAAAGGGUAGAACAAGAAGUAAAUGAGCAUAAAGUAACUUCCCAUUUAACUGACAACUAUCAGUCUAUUGAAGAGGAAGAGAGAUCAACAGAGAAAGCUGAAAAUAUAGUUGUUUACAUUGAAAAGCAAUGUUCCAUGCUAGAUGUCGACUUGAAACGGUCACAACAAAAAUUGGAGAAUCUGGCUGAACACAAAGAAAGGAUAGAGGAUGAAAUCAAGAAUUUAACACGGCAGCUAGAGCAAGAAUCAAAUAAGUCGUUACUGAUAGAGGAUGAAUUGAAAACUCAAGCUUUUGAGAAGGACGAUCUCAAAGGAUUAGAAAAGCAAAUGAAACCAGAGAUCAACAUAUUGUUAGAAACAAAGAAAUCAUUGGAAUUUGAACUAGCUCAACUCACAAAACAAUAUCGUGGAAAUGAAGGACAGAUGCGGGAACUACAGGAUCAACUUGAAGCUGAACGAAACUUCUUAACACUUUGCAAAACUCAGAUUAAGGAACUUAAAGAAGAAACUGAAGGAAAAAAUCAAGAAAAUCUAAAGAAAAUACCGGAACUGCAAAAUGAAAAAGAAGCACUUGCAGUACAGUUAGACCUUGCAGAAACAAAAGCUGAAUCGGAGCAGUUGGUUCGAAGCCUUCUGGAAGAACAAUAUAUUGGAUUUAAAGAGGGUAAGAAAGUAGCUUCACAAAAUAAACAAGAAAUUGUUACAGAUAAUGAUCAUACUGUUUGGCUAGAAGAAAUUAAAACCACAUUAACCAAAGAUAUCGAGUUACUAAGAAAAGAAAAUGAAGAGUUGACCGAAAAAAUGAGGAAAGAACAAGAAGAUUAUAAAUUGAAGAAAGAAGAGGAGAUUAAUAAUCUAAAAGCUUCUUUUGAAAAGAAUAUUAAUACUGAAAGAAUCCUAAAAACACAGGCUGUUAACAAAUUGGUAGAAAUAACUAAUCAGAAAAAUUUUAAAAUUAAUAGAAAAAAGAAGUCUAAACAAGAUUUAAGAAAGAAGAAAAAGGGAAACAGAAAGCUAUUAAAGCUGGAACUCAACCAAGAAAGAGAGAAAUUCAAUCCGAUGGUAGUCAAACACCAGAAGGAACUCAAUGAAAAUUUGCAAGCACAAUUGGUUGAAGAAUGUACCCACAGGAAUAAACUUCACAUACAGCUAGCUAACAAAGAGAGUGGCAUAGAGCAAUUGCGUGCAAAAGUUUUGGGCCUUUCAGAUUCUACCAACAUUAUGAAUUUUCCUAGUGCUGAUGAAAUGGAUAGAAUUCCCAAAUCAACAAUGGAAGGCUGGUUAUCAGUCUCAAAUAGAGGAAAUGUAACCCUGUACAGCUGGAAGAAACAGUACGUUGUUGUGGGCAGCAAAAAAAUUUUGUUCUACAAUGAUGAACAGGAUAAGAAACAGUCAAAUCCAUCUAUGGUACUGGACAUAGACAAAUUAUCCCAUGUGCGACCUGUAAGCCAAGGUGAUGUGUAUAAAGCAAAAACGGAAGAAAUCCCUAAGAUAUUCCAGAUCCUAUAUGCAAAGGAAGAUGAAUGUAGAAAAGAUUUGAAGAUGAAGCCUACUGUACAAGCUAAAAAGACCAAUUUUCAGAAUCACAAAGGGCAUGAAUUUAAGCCUACACUUUAUCGCUUUCCAGCCAACUGUCAGGCUUGUACCAAACAUCUCUGGCAUGUUUUUAAGCCACCCCCUGCCCUUGAAUGUCGAAAAUGCCAUGUCAAAUGCCACAGAGAUCACUUAGAGAAAAAAGAAGACUUUAUUUCUCCGUGCAAAGUCACCAGCUACGUAACACCAGCAACGGAUAUACUACUCUUAGCUUCUUCUCAGGAUGAACAGAAGAAAUGGGUAUCCCAUAUAAUGAAGAAGAUGUCUAAGGUUCCACCAUCCAAUUUUGUUUGUGCAUCCCCUAGAAGACUUUCUACCAGAUCUAGGAUAAAUAAGUUUUUCCAAAAAGUUGUCAGAAAUACAUCUGGAAAAACUAAGUAA